GUUUAGUCGAACAGCAUCGGCCCGCGAACAAAGCCAUUCAGUCAGUCUCAAUCAAAUCGUCAAUGCGUGUGAACGGUAAAAUAUCCGUUGGCAAGAUGUGUUGUGGCAAGUGAAACGAACAUAUUCUAGUGGAAUUUUAGACACAGUCACAUAAAGCAAAGUGAAUAAUUCUUAUGAAGAAUAUCGAGCAAAUAGGGCCUCAGUUCUUAAAGCGCGAGAUCGAACAAAUCGCCCCGCAAAUAAUUCAACGCGAAGUGAAAAAUAUCGCCCCAAAAGUUAUAAAAACUUUUACACCGUGGUAUAUUCGCUGGUUCUAUUCGCUAUUUGGUGACGGGAUAAGAGCAAUGGCUACAUCAUCGAUCGCUCCCGAAGGGGCAACCACAUCAGAUAGCGUCCUAAAAACGAUGGACGCCAAUCGAUAUGCCACAAAGAAAACCAUCGCACAAGGAAUGCUUGACAUUGCAUUGCUAACGGCAAAUGCAUCACAACUCAAAUAUAUUCUGCAAGUUGGCAAUAGACACGAAUUUUACACACUAAUGUUGAUUCUAAUAAGCCUCUCUAUAAUUAUGCAGGUGUUUUCGGGCGUUUUAAAUCUAUCAUUGAGCUUAAUGCGCGACUGUCGCCUUCAUUUGAUCAAAUUCAAUAAUUCGGCCAAUGCUAUCAAUUAUUUGAGAUCAUUUCUCGCAUUUUUUAUUGUUUUUACCAAUAUUUUAGUUUCAGCCUUUGAUCCAACUAUUGCCCCAGAUCCAUUAUUAACCGAUCUUGACAACAACUGACAAUGUAUCAGUUUGUCGAUACUCAAAAGCCAAAAAUCAAUAAACUCUCCAUCAAAUAUUCAUUCGUAUGUGAACAGUGCCGGGAGAAUAAAUUGCUGUAAACUAAAAUGUCAAACUAGAAGCUUAAAUAGAAAUGAGUCAAGUGAGAUGAACGAAAUAACAAUACCGAACAACAACGAAAAAAACCAUUAUGUACUCAAAGUAACAAUGGAAUUGUAAUUAAACCAUUUGUUUUUUCGACGGUUAUUCAACCGAAUGUGAAUUCAAUGUGUGCGGAUGAAUCAUAACUUUUUGCGUUUAAACAUCGUUUUGCUUUUUGGGUCAAUAAAAGGGUUACAUGAGAUAUUUUUGAACUGUAUGAAAAAAAAAACCGAUGUCGUUAAUGCAAACUAUUUCGCUAGUGUCAUAUGGCUGAAACUGUGAUUACGAAUGCAAUUCAUUCAUUAAAAAUUUACAACUCAGCGUUUCAUGUUUUGCGAUAAUGACUGGCGGCUUGCUUCAAUGAUUUCUUGUUGAAAUGCGAGAGAAGAAAAAAAAAACAAAUGUGUAUGGUAUGCAUGACUGAACGACACUAUGUAAAAAUGUGUUGAGUGCCGAACGCUAUGCGAUUUAUGGCUAUAUCAAUGCGACUCAUAAGUACUUCCUAUCGAUGUUUCAGUUAUUAUUAUUAUAAUAAAACCAUACGUUUUGGUAGAAAAGAAAUUACUCGCGGUUUUUCCAAAUCGGUCAAUGCCAUAUUCAAUCGGCUGAUUUUCCACUUUUUCUGAGAUUUCGAAAUUGUACACAAAAUCAAUUCACGUUUGAAUUACACAACAAUUUUAAUGGAUCUAUGUAGAUAACAUUAGCCUCAUUCAAUUCCAGCAUAAAUAGUUGAUGUGAUAUUUGAAAAAGAAAACGAAAUGGCUCUCACGUCUGAAUUCCUUCAUUUUUUUUGGUUUAGAUAAGAAAACUCACACCAAAUUGUUCUAUUUUCCUUUCUGUAUGUGCGAAUCCAUGUGGUUCAGCUGAUUGUUGGCUUAUUAUUUAUAGUGAUUGGAAGCUUAAACAUCAACCGAACUAACGAACAAGCUGCCGCCAUCAUUCUAAAUGAUGUUAUUUUAAUUUUAGUAUUCGUUAUAUCGGUCGUUAAUGUUAUAAUUUCGGCAUUUGGUAUCGAGCACUCGUCAAAACCAUUGCAAAAAAUACAUUGAACCAGAACAAAAUACUUAAAUUCCAAUUUGAUUUCUUUCUUUCAUCCGAUCUAUGAUUCAAUUUAACUGCAUUGCCAAUUAAUAGCCAGCUGAUGUAAUAUUUUAAUCGUUUAAUUUUACUAUUCUUUUUUUCGUUUUAUUUUCUCUCUCCUGAAUUGUCAGGUGAUUGCCGCCUUAUUAUCAGUGAUUCUAUCAACAGUCGACAUAACCAAAUCAAAUAAGCAACGUGAAUUGGCAAAUCGAUUAUCACACUUGUCGCUUGGUUUUGUUUUAGUUUCCACAUUUUGCAAUGUUAUCAAAAUGAACUUCGGCUUAGAUCCAGCCAUUUAAUUUCUAAUUAUACAAAAAUAUACCAAAAAAAACCAACACUUAGUUUCAGUCAAUUUUUUUUUCGUAGCUAUUAAUAACGUUCGAUUGAGGCGUAACUUUUGACGUCAGAAAACUUCUGAUUGAUAUUUAUACAUCAACUUUCUAACGGAAAUUUUAAUUUAAAUUGACACUACAACUUAAAAUCGCAGUAAACUGAUUGAUUGCAAAGUUUACAUACGACACAACAUACCGCAUUGGAAAAUGUAUGAUUUUAUUGAAAAACAACAAAUUUGAAAUGGUUUAAUUAUUAUUUGGUUGUUACAUUAGCACAACUUCAAUCAUUUUUUUUAAGUUGAAGACUUUAACAUAGAAUAUUGUUUAGAUAAGUGGAACCAACAAUGAAAUUAAUCAAAUAACAAUCAAAAUAUACACAAUACUGCUUUUGAACCAUAGUUAAGUUUUAGUUAUUCCAUCUUAUGUUACUUGAUCAAAUGCUCGAAUAAAGUUUAUUCAUUUGAA